CUUUAUUGUAUUCCAACAGAAAACAUUAAAACUGUCUGGUCACGGGGGAGGAGAACACAAAAGAACAGCCAGAGAGAGAGAGAGCAACUAAAGGGAUUAGCAUGCGUCAGUUCAAGGGAAUGUCUCUCAUCCCAUUGGCGGCCAUCAUCAAAGGAAGCUCAAUGGUUCUCCACAGGGAAACACGAUUAGUCGCUGUUAGUAGGGACUGUUGCUGUUUCCAACCAAGACGACUGCCUGUUCCACUUUCCAGAGGACAACUUUAGCUUUAACUUCACAUCAAGACUUCAAGAAUCCAAGCUGCCCAUCUGGGUUCUGAAGCCAUGGUUAAAAGAUUUGACGGAAGAGGCUUUUGGUGGCAUCGCCAAGAGUCGCAUGGAAAUGGGCAGGGACUUUUCCACAAUUUAUAACUCCUGGGAAAAUCCGGGGCUUGUCGAACUCCAUUUAUUUGGAAAUGCAACAGAGUCAUUAAAGAGGAAAUCUUGUGACUCUCUUCGGUCACUUCACCAACCCAGAGUGACUACCUCAGAUCAUGCAUGUGAUCAAACCUUUCUUGAGAACUUGUGGAGUUCCGGGGAAUCCUAAACUUUAUGGCAUCCUGAGAAGAUUUAUUCGACAAUGACGGAGUAUUGGGAGCACGUGUGAUGAUGUCAUGCGUCCCUUGUGACCUCUGGUGACCGUUAUCUCUUGGGAAACCUGACUGAGACGGAAACAGAUAGAGGUCAGUAGCCUGGCAGGAUGCAAUCUUCUGUCUGGUAGGAUGAGAUUACGUAUUGCCGCAGCCCGGUAGACUGGACAUAAACUCUAGGUCCUCCUAGAGUUGUCCAGGCACCCCACAAGAAUUAAAAAAGUGUGGGUGCAAGGGAGGGUUUAAAUGGUGUUAAUAACAGAGGAACAAGGUGGAGGUUCAAAGGUUCGGGAGAAUGGAGUGUCCAGAGGCGUGGGGCUAUGUGUGGCUAUGGAUAAACCAGUCAUGUCCAUCACCAAGGUUGACGAAAAUGGGGAUGAGUGUGAGGUGUCAGGAGAGGACAAUAACGAGGAGACUGAAGUUGAUUACACGCAAAACUAUUGGGAGGAUGAGGACGAUAUCUACCAGGAGUUCGAGGAGUUGGACUUCGAGGCCCUGCCGCUUGACUGGGACAGGCAGAGCGUUCUCUCGGACGAUUCUUUCUAUCCCCAUGACAAUUCAGUUGCGUCCCACAUGUACCGCGUGCCGAGCCCCGACAGCCCUGAGCCCAUUUCCUUCUUUAAGGCCUGCUGCAACAACAACUCCAUCAUCGUCAGGAUUAUGAUCAGACAUGGAGUGACCGAAGAGGAAGUGAAAGAGACGGAUCGGAACAAAAGAUCUGGUCUGAUUAUGGCGUGCUACCAUGGCUACCUGGACGUGGUCAUCGCCCUCUCUCAUUGCCCGUACCUUGAUAUUAACUGGCAGGACAACGAGGGAAACACCGCUCUUAUCACUGCAGCACAAGCAGGUCACGCGUUCAUCUUCAACUACCUGCUCAACUACUUCCCCGGGAUGGACAUCGAGAGGAGGAACUGCCACGGCUUCACAGCUAUGAUGAAGGCUGCCAUGCAGGGCCGUUCCGACUGUGUCAGGGCUCUCAUGCUGUCCGGAGGUGAUAUUCAGUCACGAGACAACGGCCGCAGUCUGACGCCCAGGGAGUGGGCUAUCUUCACUGGUCGACAUGAGACGGCCUAUCUGAUGCUGCAGCUGAUGUCGAAGCCCUGUGCCGAGCAGUUCUGUGACUCCUUCUCCCUGGAGUGGCCCAUGUUGGAGGAGCUGGUGGCCCAGGCCCAAGAGCCAAAGUCCUGCUGGAGGCGCUUGAUCAACUUCCUUUCCUGCUGCUCUUUUAGGGUUUCCAUGAACAACAGGGUAAAUCCUGUGGACGAUGGCGUUUUUGACCACCUGGUCCAAAUCACCACCAGUAUCUGCAAUCCGGUCAUUGCCACGGCUUGCCGCACGGUGUGUCCAGGCAGCCCGCCGUGCAUCGGGAAGCGUCGCCAGGCCGUGCAGGAGAUCCUGAGGAGGCAACGGAUAACUGAGCUGAAGCGCUUGGGCCCGGACAGACUGAACAACUACAAGAGAUUUUUCGCAAACUCGCGGGCCAUCCUCAUCCCCAGGGAGAAGGAUCGGAGGGCCAGCCUGCAGCCUCAGCUGCUGGCCGACGUGGCCACGGUGGCCAUGAGACGAGCGAGCCUCCUGCCUCUGCAUAUGUUGAGGAGGAGCAGCGUGCGGCCGGGCCUCGUGGUGCCCAAAGUGAGGCUCUGCAAAGCCCCGGUGCCGAGCUUCUUACCGGAAAAACUCAAACGGAGCAGAGACCAAAACCAGCUCCAGAUCCCCAAGUGGAACUACAAGAUGAAGAAAAUAGAGAGGAGGCAGGAGGAGGAGAGGCAAAGACUGUUGCCUAUGAUACGGAGGAGAUGAGGGGAAACGGGAGAACUAACUGUUUGUUCACAUUAUCUCAGAAAGCAGGACAUGACUUUGUUAAUGUGAAUAUAACUGUUCAUUUUUAGGGAUGCACCGAUAUAUCGGCCGAACUUUGGUAUCAGCCGAUAUUCGCCUUGUUGACUGCCAUCGGCCUAACAGCAAAUAAGAUGACAUUCGCCGAUGGCGUUGGCCGAUGUUUAUCUGUUGUGUUGCAUCAAUUUUGCACCGGCUAAAGGUUGUUGGUUAUUUGUGCUCGAAGUCGGAGCUCUUCAUCUGUUUCCCGGGGGCGUUCUGCUGCUACUAUUCCACUAGUUAAACGAUCGUAGAAGGUGUCGUUCUCUCGGAUGGAUAAAAAAAAAAAAAAAAUGGGUCACCAAAUAUACUUAGGUGGCCGUUAAUAUAUGCGCACAUUGGACCAGAAUUUUGCAAUCGGUGCAUCCCUACGUAUUUUCAUUUUUGUAUGCUGAGAUUGCCGACGUUGUUGGAUUUGUUGCCUUGUUUCUACUUGAGUUCACACGCUUCAUUUGCGAGGCAUAACUUGUGGUGCAAUGUCAGAGAUACAGGAACUCAGGAAAAAAAAAAUCCACAUCCAGUAUAGUAUUUGUAAUUCUAAGGAUGCUAACAAAACACAUGUUUCCAUGUAUAUUUCUGUUAGAUUCAGUGACAUGUGGCAAAAGAAGAUUAAGUGUAAGGGUUUCAGUAAGCUGUAAAAGAAGUGCUUGUCUAAAGCGGAGGUUCCCAGCUCGGAACAUUUGGCUCACGGGACGCAAAGAAGGAAACAGAAAGAGGAAAGAUUCAGUAAGAGAAGUAGGGAGAAAACAGGAACAGAGGAGAGGCAGAGAUUACUAAUGGAAGAAAAAGGUUUAGGACGAGAGAACAGGAUGAGAGAUCAGGCUGACGUCAGCAAUGGUGAACUUUGACAGGAAGAUUUGCCAGAGAGGAAUACCAAAAAGGGGGAGGAGGGGAGCCGGUCGGAGGGAUCUCACAGGAUGGAGAGAGGAGCUCCGACACGGCCAAAUGAAGAUCGGUGGCUGGCUGCUACAGCAGGAAAGGAUCACCGAGCAUGCAGGAUGAAGCCAAGAAGCCAUUUUACACUGAAUCAUAGUCCAACAGGUAUUUGAAGGGAAGCUUGUGAGCGGUAUUUGACAGCUGAGCUGAGGAGUCGGCUUUGUGAGGGCUUUGUGGAGAACUGGAAAGGCAGAGCCAAAAAUAAACAGCUUAGUGCUGGACUGUUGAGUUGCUGACUUCCAAAAUAAUCACAUAAGAUAGUCCACUAGUGCUACUGUAGGUAUCUCCUGCUCUGUGAGAAAUGGAGGCACCACCAUUAGCUGCCUGAGUAGCCUACAUGUGUGUUUUGAUUUUGCAUUGGAAUGACAGUAAUGAAAAAGACAUUUAGAAGAGCUUUUACGAAAUACAAUAAAUGGAAUACAGUGCUACAAAAUAAGUCAGUAAGGCACUUUUACUAUGUAAAUAAACUUAUGUACUGUAUGUAUAUUUCCUGUUUCAGUGUAUUUCGGUGUCUUCAAAUGGGGUCGUGUUUACGAGAUGAGUCCAUAUGAACGCGUCGUAUUCACAACCUCUUAAGUGG